UGUCACGUGACUCAGCUGCCGCGCCAUGUGAUUCGGGUUCUUCGAUCUUCUUACAAUGGAAAAAGAAAUCACAUUAAAAGUUGACGGGCAAAAGCUUGUAGCUUGCCGACAGGCACUGCAACAGGCAUCCUCGUACUUUAAAGCAAUGUUCACUUCUGGCAUGAAAGAAAGUGUCGCAGACGAAGUCGAGAUCCACGACGUCGAUCCCAAACUUCUGCAAGUUUUAGUUGACGUUGCACAUGGGAAGAAGAUCGAAAUAUCGAGUGGAAACGUUCACGAUCUUCUGCGAUCCGGUUCACUGUUUCAGUUUCACGGAGUCGUAAAACUUUGCACCGAUUACUUGAUCGAGUCGUUGACUACACAAAGCGCAGUUGAUGUCUGGAUAGCAGGUGACACUUUUGCUAUCAAGCCACUGUGCAGAGCUGCUGUGUCGACACUGUUAUGGAGCUUUGACGAAUUUUCGGAAUCAGAGACUCUGAUCGCGAGCUGCCCAACGGAACUUUUACUGACUUUACUGGGGCGGGACCAGAUAAACGUUGUCUCGGAGAAUGUAAUAUGCGGAGCGGUAAAACGCUGGCUAGAUCACAACGCGGUCUCAUGCACGGAGGAAGAAAUCACGAAGGUUCUGUCGAGUGUGCGAUAUUCGUACGUUGACCUGGACAUCGUGAAAGCAUUGGCAAACUGCGCUUCAGAGCUUGUUGGUGAGUUUGUUGGGAAAGUGUUUGACGUGAGAAAUAAUGGCAAGCAGCAUUGCACUGAAAGCAAGCUUUCGAAGCAGAUACUGCAUUGUCUUGGACUGCCAAGACGAGCGAGGUUUGUUGUUCCAGCUGUUGUUGUUGCGAGAGUGCCCUGCGGAGAGUGUUCGGACAGUCCUUUAGCCAUACUAGUUUGCAACGACAGCAAGAAAAGUUUUUCGUUUUACUCUGCCCUGCCAACGCCUGCAAAAGUGCUUCACGGCUAUGUCAUCUGCACUGUCGGAAAGAACAGCUACUUCCUCUGCGGAGAAUACGGCAUCGGGUCUGGCCGGUGGAAUCGCGACGUCUUCGUGUGGAGUCCCCGUCGUCGUUCUUGGGAGAAGGUCGGUACAAUCCCCAACCUACGGCGUCACUGUAAGACCGCGGUCGUUGGGACACGCUUGUACCUUCUGGGAGGUUUCGGCAGGUUUCGAGUCGUACUUGAAUCGAUGGACGUCUUUGAUACAUCUACAGGUCAGUGGCAGACAGGCGCUACUAUCCCCUGCCCGGUCUUUUCAUCGGCGGUGUGCGGAACUUCGGACUCCAUCUACCUGUUCUCCGGGAGUGUUCACCGGUAUGACGUUUUAAAUGACACCUGGUGCCCAGUGACUAAAUCGUUUCCGUCAGGCCCUUAUUCCGCCGUAGAGCAGAACAAGAGCGUCGUCCUCAUUCCCGAAAACGAAAGUCGUUGUAUCGAGUUCCGCACGGCAGAUGCGUCCCUUCGGGACCUGUCCGUGUUGGAGCGCUCCGCAACGUACGCGUGUUCUGUGGGAGAAGAGAUCUUCUGCAUGAACAGCGAAGGCCAAGGUGCCUUAUUUCGAUUGGGCGGUGAAGCGACUGAAGUGCAGGUGGACCUGAGGGAGGGUGAAAAAGUCGAGGGGUGCUUCAUGAUGCCGUUCUUCAACGUUGAGGAUAAAGAGCAAAGUGUGACGAAGCAAAAGAUAUAGUUGAGGAUGUCUUAGGUUACUGUGGUCCUGCAAAGAAAUUUCUGAUCGAGUUAUUUUAACAAUAUUUAUUUAACAUAAACAUUAUUUUGUGAAAAUUAUUUCAAAUAAAAUGAUGCACAUAUUUUUA